AUUUUCCUUCUCAUUUUCCCAGAAAAAUACCCGUUUUUUUCAAAUUCAUCUACUUCCUCCUUCUUCCCCUCUCUAUAUUUAGGGUUUUUGGUUCCAACAUGAUUUUGAUCUACUGUUGGAAUUGAGACCAUACUAGUGUAGUAUUGGAUUCGUUUCAGGUCAUUUUUUGGGGGAUUCAACGGCGAUGGAGAACGGAAAGGAUGGGGGAUUCGCAGACAAGUUCGCCGGAUUGGCGCUGAACGACGCGUCGGUAUCGACGACCAACAGCGAUAGCUUGUUUCAGGUCAUGAAGGCCGUGGAAGCCGCCGAGGCCACUAUCAAGCAACAGGCUGAAGAGAACAUCAGAUUGAAGUCCGAACUGCAGAGAAAACUUCAAGAGAUCGAAAAUAUUAAAAUAGAUGAAUCUGCUGCUGGAAGACCGCAUUCUGUGGAUAAUCAAGAUGACAGGGUCAAGAACUCUUCUUCUGUUUAUCCAUCAGCUACAUUUUUCGGGUUGAAGUUAAAUAGUGAGGAUGGGCUCCUCCAGGCACGUGAAGAAACCCACCCUGAGACCAGCAAGGUGAAUGGGACGUUGAAUGUUCUGCCUGGCACUCAGCCAACUUCAGAUAAUGCUACACGCUCCCAAUUUUCUCUCCUCUCACCUAACAGGGAUCAGAUAAAUUUACCAGGACAUGGGCUCAUGCCAAUGACAGAAGUAAAUAAUUCCAACAGCCUCUGGAAGCAGGAUCUUGCACUCAAGGUUCGGGAGCGUGAUGAAGAGAUUUUGCAGUUGCGGAAGCAGCUUGCAGAGUAUUCUAUCAAGGAAGGCCAAAUUCGCAAUGAAAAAUAUGUUCUUGAAAAGCGUAUCGCUUAUAUGCGACUGGCCUUUGACCAACAGCAACAAGACCUUGUUGAUGCUGCAUCAAAAGCUCUCUCAUAUAGACAGGAUAUAAUGGAGGAAAAUAUACGUCUAACAUAUGCAUUACAGGCAGCACAGGAAGAAAGAACAGUAUUUGUGUCAUCUCUGUUGCCUCUUCUUGCUGAGUAUUCUCUGCAGCCACCAGUUCCUGAUGCUCAGUCCAUUGUAAGCAAUGUUAAGGUUCUGUUUAAACAUGUCCAGGAGAAGCUUAUUCUAACUGAGUCAAAGUUAAAGGAGUCACAAUAUCAAUUAGCACCUUGGCGCUCAGAUGUGAAUCAUUCUAAUUUUGCACCACAGUCUCCAUCUCAAUCCAUUGGUGCAGCAUUAGCAACUUCAAACAAAGAUGGGCUUGAAUUGGUGCCUCAGCCAACACAUUCUCAUGUUAAUCCACCUACAAGUUCUGGCGCUCAGAGAACCUUAGAUUGGGAUCUUUUGGGUCACCAUCAGGGUGGCUUAGAUGGUGGUUUUCCACAAAACAGGGAACCUGAUGAUUUGGGGAGGAAUUCACAUUUUGUAAGCAGGCCUUUUCCUGCCCCAGGAAUAACUGCGUAUGGUUCAAGAUAUGUUGAAGAAACAACUAACAAGCAAGUAAAUUUUCAUGACCCUGUCAGCAAUAAUGAGAUGGAUGAUCCUGAUACUGAAGGGCUGCAGAAUGAAAGAGAAUCUCCAGCAAACUGGGGCUCAGGAAGCUCUCCUUACACACCCCCUAUUGAUGAUCCUAAUUCCUCAUAUUCUUAUUUAACCCCAGUUCUUGAAGAGCCUUCAUCUUCUUAUUCUGAGGCAGCAGAUGAUGAUCCACUGCCAGCCAUAGAUGGCCUUCAAAUUUCAGGUGAAGCUUAUCCAGGAAGAGAGCUCCAAGCAUGUGGAUAUUCCAUAAAUGGAACCACCAGUUGUAAUUUUGAGUGGGUACGGCAUUUGGAAGAUGGAUCUGUUAAUUAUAUUGAUGGAGCAAAGCAACCAACCUAUCUUGUUACUGCUGAUGAUGUUGAAACUUACCUUGCUAUUGAAGUCCAGCCUCUGGAUAAUAAGAAGCGCAAGGGUGAGCUUGUGAAGGUCUUCGCCAAUGAGCACCGAAAGAUCUCUUGUGAUCCUGCCAUGCAGACUCAUGUGGUAAAGACUCAUCAGAAUGGCCAUGUGUCAUAUGAAGUCUCCUUGUCGACUAGAUACCUUGACAUAUGGGAAUCAGCAACAUUGACCAUCAAAAGGGAAGGUUACAGUAUCAAGGGUAGUGGGGCCAGUGGAAUUGUAGUCACUGAAAAGUUCUCACCAAACACCGUUGUCACAAUCCCCUUUGGAGAUCCUACACAUUUUUCAAUAAUUGGAUCAAGUGGUGUCAACUAUCUUUUACGAGUAGAAAGCAGCCCCUUGGAUGUUACUGGUUCAAGAGAUUGUAUUGUGCUCAUCUUAAGAUUGUUUAUUAUGAAGGCUGGUGAGAGGAAGAAAGGAAAGAAGAGGGGUUUAUUCUUUAACAAGGCAUAGUCUGCUUUGCUUGGUUGAAUAGGUAGCAGCAUAGUUCAGAAUUCAAUAUGCUUCUUCAUUUGUUCAAUAGCUAACAUUUUUUUUUGGGUGUAAUGCAUCUAAUUCAGGCAAAAAUGAGCUUGAGCUAUAAUUGCAUUUUGUAUCGAUAAUUCCUUUUUGUCCAAAGAAAAGUUCUUGUUCUCGGUGCUCUAUCACUUCUACCUCUCUCUCUUUCUUCUUCUUCUUCUUCUUCUUCUUCUUCUUCUUCUUCUUCUUCUUCUUCUUCUUUUGGAAAUGUUGCAAUGCUGGUUAUACCGGCAAAAUUGCAAUGGAG